GUAUCGUCAACGUCAGUUUUAGCUCUGGUUUUAGGAACGAGGGACGGAAGCAAUCAGCUGAUCAAUUGGAGAAUAUCGUAAAAGUUGACAAUUUUUAACGAUUAGAUUUUUGAAUUAAAAAUUUUCUGAAGAUCGGUUUCAUUAUUCUUUCGCAUCAUAGAAAAUGGCUUUAAAUCUGAUUAAACAGAUUAUACCGAUUAAACAACAUCCAUUCAUAAGGAAAACUUUAUCGGCAAAACUAUACACUGGAAGCUUGUACGAACCUGAUUAUUUAAAGGUAAAAAAAUCGAAAUUACCACUUUUAUCUACGAUAAACAUAGAAAUUAAGGGUUACGAUUAUUCGGUGCUCGAAUGCUACCAAACUUUCAUCAAUAAAUUGGCAGAUAUUAUGCAAAUUGAUAUAGAUAACAGCUGGGCAUUACCACCUCAGAAAUGGAAGAUUCAAAAAUAUAAAACUGGAACAACAGCAGUUUUAUCUAAAUAUGAGCUUAAAAUUUAUGAAAGACAUGUACAAAUGUUAGAGGUAUCUAGUGUCAAAUAUUCCAUAUUGAUCAGAGCAUUAGAAGCAUCCCUUCCACAAGGUGUUACCCUUAAUAUAAAUGCUUUUGAUCCUACGUUAGAGAAGAAGCGAUAUGUACCAGACAAACAAUUACUUGAUUUGAAAUCUUCACUAAGUACCUUAAAGCAGAAAACUUAAAUAUAAAUUAUUGUAAUUGAUGCAAAUGCAAUGCUCUUAUAUGUACAUAUAU